UUUUUUCGCCAACAAAAGCACUCAAAGUUUUCUGGUGGUGUGCUUGAGUGUUACUGGUCGGUGGCAGCAAAAAGCGUCCUUCCACAACCCUUUUUGGCCAUUUUUGUCACUUUCCCCUAAUCUCUUUCGCUGUUUCGUGUUUUAAUUUAUUUAUAGGGAAACUGUCGAGUGAGGGUUGGGACUUAAAAGCGAAAACACAGAGGCAGUAAAUCGGAUUCCAUCGGUGGUUUUUUGUUGGUGGUGGAGACAAGAAUUAAGGGUAAAUUUGAGUGGUGAAAUUUUCAUGAAGGUGCAGACAGAGAGAAAACUCGUGGAUUUAAAUUUGCGUCACUUCCUAACCACAUUCAGGAAAUAAUCAUGGCCAUUUUGGGGAUAGACGAAAAUGCGGUACAACCAACCUGUUGAAGUGAGCCAUUCAUGCAGCAACAAUAACAAUUUUGUGGAGAAACUGAUCGAGGGAGGAGGCAAUCAAUCAGCAUUCUUCACGCCGCAACACUUAAUUGAGAACAACGGCCGUAACUCUGCCAAUUUGAAUGCAUUUACUGACAAUUUAUUGGCCGAAGCUGCAACUCUUCUCUAUAGCCAGAGGGAAAUCAAUGACAAUGUAGGUGUCUUUCCCGUGGAUGCGAGUCAAAACUAUAAUCACUCCUUUCAGGUGAAAUCACUCGGUGAAGGUGAAAUAAAUUACUUGAGACUGGGAUUGCACAAGGUGGAUCCACUUGACGAGGAGGAGGACUCUGAGGAAAAUUGCAGCUCACGAUUUUCAUGCUCCACAGAAUCAAGCUUAGCAGACAGUUUAAUGGACGAUGGAGGAAACGACUUCUCAUCGACACCAUCGAUGAGCUCCCCUGAGCCCAACUACACGCGCGGGAUUAUCAAUCCAAACUACCCGGGAUUUCAGCAUUUGGCACACACUCUGACAGAACACUUUACCAAUUAUAAUUUUGAACACUUGACGGACGACAGUGAGGUCUCAGAGGAGUGUGACAAUGAUCUGAGCCUGGGUGGUGUUGACUUUGCGAACAAUUUCAACAAUAACAAUCACUUUGAGUCGAGCAACAGCAAUAUUGUGUCGGAGAAUGGCAAUGAUGUGGAGAAGAAUAUAAAUCUGUUGCAAACGUCAGAAUGUAAGAUAUUCUGUGAGGAGAAGAAUCUGGCACUGGUGGCGGUUGAGGAGAAAAUAUCAAAUGCAGCAGUUGAUGCCAAAUGGAUGAAGGAGAAUGCUAAGGGAAAGCGAGAUUUGCCAACACCCGAUAUUCUGCUCAAGAGUGACGAUACUCCAGAGGCGGACAACUUUUGCAUGAAUGACACACCAUCAGACACAUCGCCACAUGCCAAUUUCCAGCCAGACCUCCUGCGGAAUAUCGAUGGGAGUCGGGAGAUCAAACGACAGCACCGGGACGACGAGAUUGCCGAGCAAAUUGAAAUUGAGACAGAGAGACAGGAGGAACAUAUCGCGACGAGGGAUGAGCUGACAGGCGUGGUGGCUCAGGAGCCCAAGGCUGACAGCAGAAUGGUGAAUGCUGGCCAUGUAAAUGGCGCAGAGGAGGAAGAUGAGACCAGGAAAACGACAACGGCUCUGUGGGGUGCGUCCCCAGUUGACAUAGUCGGGGAUUUCGGCGAGGAAGUUGAGCGUGAAAUUGUACUAAUUGUAUCCGGAUAUAGGAAGAGCGCUAAGGGCGUAUCCGAAGGCAGUUUCGCCGUUGCGGCCCAAGACGCCCAACCUUGGGUGAAGAAUCAACAUAGCGACUCAAAUUUCUCCGCAUUGAUUCACAACAAGAUUGCUGAUGCUGAGCUGUCGGCAGUUGAGGAGAAGAUCACGAUGCGCAGUUCGCUCGUGGAGUUGGAUCGCGGCAGUGAAAUUCAGAGAUCGCGAUCAUUUCUCCCGACGGCAAUUGUGAAGCCCAAGCAGUCGGAUCAGAUUGAGCUGCCAGCUCCCGUGGAGUUCUGCAAGCCCUGGAAUACCACUCAAAACGUGAGCACUGCGUCCGCCAUUCGCAAGUUGCCCUCUUACGAUCGCAAGGUGCGUCAAGUGUCCCAGAAAAUCAUCGAUAAGGACACAAGUGUCGCUGUCGUGACGCCACGCAAGAAGGAGCAGCCCACAGAAGUGACCACGGAGAGAAAGGCGUCAAAGAUAGGCGUCAGCAAAUGCGGAAGAACGAUGGAUGAGACGAGCAUAAAGAAGGAGAACAAAGAUUUAUCAGCUUCCUUCGACAUCUACAACAUUGAGACGGCACUACCGAAAAUUGACUUGGAAGCAAUUGAAAAUCAUCUGAGGAUAGCCAAGGAGGAGGAGAGACGACAGAAGAGGAAUGAUCGGGAGGAGAUCCGGAGAAGACUGGCCAUGGAUGCUGAGGACGACUAUCUCACGAGACCUCUUCACAGCGAUAAACCGGGACGGAAACCGAGUCUUCAGUCCAGAUUACAAAGUGGGAUGAAUUUGCAGAUAUGCUUCAUGAAUGAAACAGCGUCAGACAAUGAGAGCCUGAGUUCUGAUAGUGAGACAUGCCCCAAAUUGUCAGCUCUUUCCCAUGGGAGUCACUCUAAGGUGAAUGUCGCGAGGAAGAAGUCUCCACCGAAGACGGUGAGACCGAAAAUCACACGUCCAAUGAGUCUUCCACUUGCCGAGGCGGACGAGGAGGAUGCAAACUUCUUCACACGACAAGCUCAACUGCAGAUUGAGGCGAGAAUGGCCCUGGCUCAGGCCAAGGAUAUGGCUCACAUGCAAAUGGAGAUCGAGCGACAGCGAUUGAGACAAUCACCCAUAACGGAAAUGAUACGGAACUCUCUUGACAAAAUCGGUGUGCAAUUCCCGCCGGAGAAGAGGCGUCUGUCGAGGUUCUUCCUCACAGACCUCAACAUCGCUCAACUCCAGGUGAUUGUAAAUGAGAUGCACAAUCAAAUUGAACUCCUCAACGAGACGCUCGUGAAGUUCCUUAUGGAAAGGGACGAAUUGCACAUGGGACAGGAUUCAAUGCUGGUGGAUAUCGAGGACUUGACGCGAUACUUUGGCGCCAAGGAAAACUACACCCUCGAUCCGCGUCCUCAAACGAUGAAAACCCUGAAGAGCUCCCAGAGUGUGUCCCACUAAAUUCUGAUUUUCUGUGAAUGCGAUUGAACGGAA